UUCAGUUCACUUUAAGCGGUCGGGGAUUUAAGAAAACGAAAGACAAACCACAAAGCUAGCGGUUUUUUUCAAGUUUUCGUGUGAUUUUUCUAUCGAAAAAUCCAUUGUUUUUGUUUUUUUAUAUUACUUUCUAAUUGGGAAAAUAUUAAACAAUGUAAAAAACAAAACAAUUUGAACUAUUUUUUUUUGUCUACAUCCGCGCAAAAAAAAACCUUAAAACACGGAGCAACGAAUGAUAACAAAAGUGCAACCUUCCUUUUCUUUGCUUCCAUACACACAAAAGUAGAAAAGUAGUGCGAGACGACGACGGUCGACCAAGGCAAUUUGUUAAUAACUCGCUUACUCGCAUAAUAAAUAUUUUUUUUUAGUUAUCCACUUGUUUUAUUUUUUUGAACGAAUUCGAAAAGUUUUUUCUCCUCGAUUUGAUUCACGAAAUAAAGUGAAUAAAUAAAUAAUUAGAAGUUAUUUGAUAAUUACAACAACUUCUACUGCUAUCGUUUGUGCCCGUGUGAUAAGAUUAAAAUCUGAAAAUUCCUACUUGUAUUUUCUACCUUUUUGAUAAAUCAUAAAAAAAAAUAACAGUUAUUUUAAAAGUUAAAUAAAUUAUUUAUUUAUUUUAUCUUUAACGACGUUUCUGUCCCAUCUCCCGCUGAUAAAUUAUACGUCGUUUUCGCGUUACAUUACAUUUAUGCAAAAAAAAUGAAGAACGGAAAAAUGGGUGGUGGAACGCGUCGUGGUCUUGAACCGCUCGAAUUCGAGGAAUGCAUUGUAGAUAGUCCAGAGUUUCGAGAUAACUUAACACGACACGAAAAGGAAUUGGACCACACUAGUCAUCAAAUAAAGAGAAUUAUCAAGGAGGUCAAGGACCUUAUGAAUGCUGCUAAAGUUUUAUCACAACGACAAUGCCAACUAGCAAAGAGUUUAAAAGAAUUCAAUUUUGAAUGCAUUGGCACAGCACAAACAGAUGAUGAAAUGGUGAUAAGUGACAGUUUAAGGCAUUUUGGAACAAUUAUUGAAAGUAUAGAAGAUCAUCGAGAACAUAUGUUAAAACUUGCAAACGAUCAAAUUAUUGAACGACUUGAAGACUUUCGAAAGAAACAAAUCGGUGGCGUGAAGGAGAAUAAGAAGAAGUUUGAUAAAAAGACUGAGAAAUUUUGUCAAUCGCAAGAAAGAUUCCUUAAUAUGUCAACAAAGAAACCAGAAAACACAAUACAAGAGGCUGAUGCUAGUUUGGGAAUGCACGAACGUGAAUACAUUCAAGAAUCACUAAGUUAUGUCCUUCGAAUACAAGAAGUACAAGAACGGAUAAAAUUUGAAUUCGUUGAAAUAUUACUAGCAUUCAUAUCAGGAUGGUUAGUGUUUUAUCAUACCGCACAUGAACAAGGCGAGGAUAAUAAAGAUUACCUGCAAGACCUAAGGCAUAAAGUUCAAAAGACAAGAGAGAAUUUUGAAGAAGCUAGAGAAAAAGUCAAUGAGUUAAAAAGCAAAUAUAUGGAAAAGAAAACGAAACCAGAAGAGAAGUUCACUAAACGUGGCUAUUUAUUUUUAAUGGAAAAGAGUUCCAUUUUGAAAAUAUCCCUUCUAGAGCCGUUCAAGGCAACAUGGACCAAAUACUACUGCACAUACAAAAAACAAAAAAAGGAAUUUACAAUGUUGCAAUUCAAUCAAAUAUCUGGUCGACCGGAGUCUAAUGAUGAAAAGCUCACACUAAUUUCGUGUCAACGAAGAGCAUCUGAGUUCGAAAAACGUUUUUGUUUCGACCUGACAUUCAAAGAAAAACCAGGAAUUGUAUAUACAUUUCAAGCGCUCAGUGAAGAGGACCGUAAAGCGUGGAUAAACGCAAUGGAUGGAACGGAACCAACAUACUUAACCCCUGGUAAAACAAAAGGAUCCGAAGAGUAUCAAUUGGAUGAGACGGGCUUUGCGUUUGUUCGUAAAUGCAUCGAAGUAUUGGAGAAUCGAGGACUGGAAGAGGAGGGGAUAUAUCGAAAAAGUGGUGUGGGUACCAAGAUUACAAAAUUACUCUCACUGGGCAUGGAUAAGAAAAAGACUGAUGUAGUAUUUAGUGAUGAACAAUAUAAAGAUCUUAUGGAGAGUAACACAAUAGCAAGUGCACUGAAGACAUACUUGCGAAAUUUAAACGAACCGUUGAUGACAUAUCGAUAUCAUAGCGGGUUUAUUGAGGCGGCAAAACAAGACAAUCUUAAGCAACGAGUUCAUGAAGUUCAUAAAUUAGUUCAUAAACUGCCACAGCCAAACUUCAUAAUGCUGGAAAUGGUCAUAAAGCACUUAACUGAGGUUUCCCGAAAAUACGAAAAGAACAAGAUGUCCGUAUUUAAUUUAGGCGUCGUAUUUGGACCAACACUUCUGCGGCCGCAGGAGGAGACUGUAGCUGCCAUUUUGGAUAUCAAGUUCAACAAUAUUGUAAUAAACAUUCUAAUUGAAAACUAUGAAUUGAUUUUCAACAAUCCACCGGGAGCCCUUGCUGGAAUCACAGCGAAUUCCAGUCCACCGGCCAGAGUUCCCCGAUCAAACCAAACGGGUGCACCAGCUGUGGGGAACCGCCCUGCAAUGUAUUCUCCUCAGCAGCCAGUCUAUCGUAUAGUUACUAGUUACACAGAACAGCCGAUAUCUUCUUCGCUACAAAACAUUCCCAAUGGAAUGAUAUAUCAACCAAGCAGUAGUGCUUCUGCGAGCAGCACUAAUGGAACACCAAAUACAAAAGGUAUGGCCCCAAGUAUACCAGUACAUCAACACAAAUCCAACCACCAUCAGAUGUCACACAUGGCAUCAUCUGAAAGUGACAUAAGUGUGCGGCGGGAUCCGACCACAUAUGCUACUGUCGGCGGUACUGUAUUACCUGGCGCUAAUUGUCCACUUAUAGCACAUCAUGCCACACCGGCGAAUGCGACAAAUUUGCGCCAUGAAUACCUCACUCAACCAGGUGCUGUGCAUGCAUACAACGGUCCAAGCCCACCAAGCAAUCGCGUAAACAUUUCUCCUCCACCACCGAUAGCCAUGCGGCCUGAACAGCUCUACGGAACGAAUGCCGGACAUGGGCGUUCCCACUUAACCUACGCUCAAACCAAGCACUAUCCCGGAUCUUCACGUGGGGAUUCUAACGAUCGAAUGCAUUCGACCAGUAGUUCGAAUGAAUCUGUUUGUGAUUCGGUAUCUUCGUCCAGAGACAAGCCGAGAGCAUCGAUCGAUUAUUCGUCGCAUCAAGGACAAGUAGGUGUAGCCGGUUCAGUAACAAACCUCUUGGCAGGUGCAUCAAAUGCGAACAGUUGUGAUGAUGUCGUUGUGACUUCUAGUAAUACUGCAGUUUCAACAAACCAUACAGCGAGUGAUUAUGUGCCAAAGAAGGUCCACCGGACAAAGGAUUUUGAUCAAAUUAAAAGGGAUCUAAGCGCAGGAACGGCGAGAGUACGUACACUUUAUGCGUGUUUAGGAGAAAGUGAAGGAGAGUUAUCUUUUGAACCAAAUCAAAUUAUUACCAACGUACGUUAUUCCCAUGAACCUGGAUGGCUCCAAGGCACUUUGAAUGGAAAAACUGGUCUGAUACCAGAAAAUUAUGUCGAACACUUAAAAUCAUUUCUUUAAAAAUAAAGUCAAAAGCGCAAAUGGUGAUCGUCGAAGUUUAAAGAAAACCAAUAAAUUCAAGUGUUAACCAUACAUAUGCAAAUACAUAUAAUAUAAUACAGAUACAAAUUUUAGAAAAAAAAUCAACCAACAAAAAAUAAUCAUUCCCUGUAAUUUUAAGCACUGAGGUGAUGUAAUUUAAUUAAAUAAACUUAUUUAAGUGUAUCAUAUACAUAUAUUUAAUAUGUAACUAUUAUUAUAUAAUUAUUAUAUAAACGAAGGAUAUUUCCUGCAAUUACUGUGAAUUAAAAUGUAAUAACAAAAUAGAACGAAUACUGGGACUAAUGUAUUCAAGUAAAUAAAAUGUAGCAUAAAUAUGUUUUUUUUUUUAAUCUUUAAAUAUAACUUCAAAUAGAUAUACAGUUUUUCUUUUAUAUUGGUUUUUUGUUUCGCUUUUUCUUUUUAAAUAUAAAUUAUCGAAAUUCAAAAUGCAUCCAAUUGCAUGAACUAUAACACUGAAAUAACUAUUUACAUGUGUUUUAAUUAAAAAGAAAAAAAGAAAAAAAAAAACAUUCAAAUUUAAACAAAACGUAUACACAUUUAUGUAUGUAUCAGAUUAAAAACAACUUAAUAUCGGGUCUAUAAAUCAAUUUAGAAAAAUGGUACAGUAAUAUUGUACUUCCAACAUGUAGAAUUAUUCCUUGGUUCUUGUACUCUUAAAAAAUUAGCACAAAGGGAUUGUAACGUACAUCAAGUUUAAAGGUCUCAAUGAUGCUAUAUUUACUCGUGUUUUGAUUACUCGUAGAUUUAUACUAGAAUUCAAUAUUGGUUUGGCCUUGCUUCACUCAUUUUUAUAUUAUAAUUAAACAAAGUUUUCGCAUGUUUUGUAUAAAAUAAUAAAAUACAAUGUUUCUAUCCGCCAAUUUUCAAACACUGUUCCCAAUUUUAGUUUGUUUAUUAAAAAAACGAGAAUGUUUUUUGAUUUAGUUAAAUACUUUAAGCCCUGAUUUGUCUCUGGCUAUUGAAAAAUCGGCUCUAAAUAGACAAAAUCAGAAUUUAUAAUUGAAAACUUUUGUUCAAAUAUGUUUUUUUUAAUAUCAUGGAAUAGAUGAAAUAUUUUUUUUUUUUUUCUGAAAAUUAUAUCAUAUUAUUUUCAACAUUUUUAACUCAACUUCUUACAAAAUUCAAAUAAAAAUUGCUGUUAAGUUAAUUCAGUUAAGUCUACAACAUGUCCUCUUACUUUCCUAGCCAUUUUCAAUGGAAGACAGCAAAGUGAUUUCAUUUGUCUAUAAAUGCGUUUUAAGGUGGUUGUGGGUAAAUCAACAAGACUUUUUUAGCUUUAUUUUAGAAGGAAUAAGCUUAAUGAUCAAUUGACUUCGUAAAAGUGUGUUCAACAUCACAAACUUGCAUUACCUUAUUCGCAUACCUCAGAAAAUCGAAAAGGGUUGGUACACAUUGUUGCUGAUGCCCAUCAACAACGUACAUUUGAUUUUUUUGAAUUUACUCUUUCUAUCUAAACAAUCCACGAUUAUUUAUGAAGGCCGUUGCUAAGCAGGAGGAAUUGUAAGCUAAUUGAAGCAUUUAAUUUGUUCGGAACAUGAAAACUUUUGCAAAAAACGGAGGCAUUUUGUUUUAUAUUUUUUGUUCAGGUUUUUUUUUUUAUUAUUGAACCAAACAUAUAUAUUUUAGGAUAUUUUUUCCCUGCUCCUAGUUUUCCGUUCUUUAUUUUUAUUAUUAUAACCAGACAAAUAAAUAGGAUACAAAAAAAUAAGAAAGAACGAAUACUACAAACACUUGGCACCAAUAACGCAUUUAUUCUGAUUUACGUUUUAUAGUUUUUAACAUAAUUUCCUGAUGAUUUCAUUCCAUUUGUAUAUUAUAAAUACAGAGUAGAAUAACCUGUAAUAAUCCCAUCGUAAGGAAAAUGAUAAAUUCCAAAAGCAAGAAAACCACUUAUAUAAGAAUUAGAAAAUUAUGAAAAAAAAAAAUCCAAUAUGUAUACACAAUUAAUUUAGAAUAUGCAUACAUAUUUUAAGCUGAUAAUAUAAUGUAAUAAAUAUUAUAAAACAAAUUAUACAUCAAGUAUAAAAUUUAUGAUUAAAUUGUUUCUACUUACUGUAAUCCUUUCUUUUUUGCAACAAACACAAAAAAAAAGUAAAAAGUCCAAUGAUACGUCCCUUUAUGUAAAUAUGAAUUAUUUAUUAUUACAUAAUUUUUGUUAGAGAGUUUGUUUUUGUUUAUUAUUAUUAUUUAAGUUAUAUUGUUAUUUUUGUUAAAACACCAUUAAUCCUCAUUGUAAAGUGAAUGAAGCAGAAAAUGCUAA